AUGAGUUUCAAGCUACAUUGGCUGAAUCUUAUCUUUUUAUUGGCCUGCGCCGAGCUCUGUCUGUCUCAGAAAAAUGGUGAGAGAAAGCAUUUUCCCCUCUAUUUCUCUCAUUAUUUAUGUAUUUUUUUCUUCAAAUCAGAUAAACGACAUUGUGAUAUUAUUUAAUGCUUUGAUGGACAAUUUAUUGAGUCGGAUCCCCUCUGAUUCCUAAAUGAAUACAGAUAUUGUAAAAUACUCCUGCUUGUCAUGUUGAGAUGGUAUUUCCUAUGUCGGUGUGGUUACAAACCUCAAGACAGCAAUGAGUCAUGAUGUCAUCAUUCCACAUGUCAAUGGCAUGCUGAUCUUCCCAAAAUCGAGAUGGUUAAGGGGAAAUGACCACCUGAAGGGUAUAUUACAAAGGAGGAGCAAUGAGUUAGCCAGCUAACUUUUAUAAACAACCAGAAAUAACUAUUUAUUGUCUGAUUAAUAAAGAAAGCUAAACUUAAAUAUGCGUUUUUGGUUGUUGAGUUAAGGCCAGGCACCACACCAUCAAAAGGUAAUUGUUUCCCCUUAAUCAUAUCACAAUCAACGUUUACCAGUUGAAUGUAAACACUAAUAUAAUACUUUUUAGUAUUAAAAUGUUAAUGAAAUAUUGUAUUAAAAUAGGCGAAUUAGGCUAUUUGUCAUUAAAUAUGCGCCGAUUUGCAUAUUGCGCAAAUACAUUUUUCUGGACACUGGAUGAAGUCUGCCUAAAUACUUUGGAUUCAUUUUUUUAAGACACUCCAUGACUUGUGUAGAGCAGAUUGUGGAUAAAUACUUUAUGAAUCUUUCUGUCUGUAAAAUACUAAAGACGUACGUAAAAUCCAUUUUUGGUGCAUUUUUCCUAAGAAAAUGUUAUCUAGAAUACAAAAUGGACAACAUAUCAACAAUUCUAUGUGGGCAAGUCUGGAGAAUACAUCUAAGGUUAACCACACAAAAUGUGGUGAAAGCAGAUGCUUCUGAAGCGGAGAACAAUGAGUUGGGGUGUGGAAAGAGUCUGGCUUUCAGGAAAUGGCAGCUACAGACAUGUACACUGAAUUUAGAUUACCAAACAAGAAACACCUAUUUAGACCCAAUCACAUCAAAGUAAGUAACUAAAUAUGUUCGAGUUUGUAACACUAUGAAAUGGGCUUUUAAAUUGUGUAAUUUAAUGUAGUGAGCUUUGAAAUUAUUGAUGUAUGUCCAUUUUAAAGUGGUUCAACUUCAUUGAAAUGUUGAUGACAGUCGUAUGAUAAAUAUACAUUUGUCAAGUUUUUUUUAUUUUUUAUGUUUACACUUGAAAAUACUAAUAUUAAUGGACCGAAAUACUAACAACAGGUAGAUGCAAACAUUUUAUUUUAGCCUGUGGUGCAUGGCCUUAAGUAGACCAUGCCGAUUUUAAGUUUAUCCUUCUAAAAGUCUCCCGAGUGGCGCAGUGGUCUAAGGCGCUGCAUCGCAGUGCUAGCUGUGCCACUAGAGAUCCUGGUUCGAAUCCAGGCUCUGUCGUAGCCGGCCACGACCGGGAGACCCAUGGGGCGGCGCACAAUUUGCCCAGCGUCGUCCAGGGUAGGGGAGGGAAUGGCCGGCAGGGAUGUAGCUCAGUUGGGAGAGCAUGGCGUUUGCAACGCCAGGGUUGUGGGUUUGAUUCCCAUGGGGGGCCAGUAUAAAAAAAAUUAAAUGUAAGUCGCUCUGGAUAAGAGCGUCUGCUAAAUGACUAAAAUGUAAAUGUAAUGUAAAAAAGUAAAAGUUUAUUCAUAUCACAAGCUUUCAGCAUGAGUUACAGACUUGCAGGGUCUGGAGAAACAGCGUCCCAAACAUAAUCUGCCUGUUUCUGACCCCCUCUUUGUCUAGCCCAUAUUUAUAAACAAUGCCAAAAUAUGGGUUGCUCCCUCUGCCGUCCAAUCACCUGUCUCCCCUGGGGCGUCACCCUACAACUGGCUACUUUUGAACUAAGAUAAACAUUCACUCUUUGUUCCUCUAGAAUAGUCAUAAUCUUCAUACACGACAUUCUCAAUUGUCAUACUUGAGUAAAAGUAAAGAUACCUUAAUAAAAAUUACAAGUAAAAGUCACCAAGUACAAUACUACCUGAGUAAAAGUAUAUGGUUCUAAAUGUACUUAAGUACAGUGGUGGAAAACAUACAAAAUGUUCAUACUUGAGUUAAAGUGCAAAGUAAAAGCAAAUGCAAUCAAAUUCCUUAUCCUAAGCAAACCAGACAGUACAAUAAAAAAAUUUACACACUCCAGAACUCAGACAUCAUUUACAAAUACAGUAUUUGAGUUUAGUGAGUAUGCCAGAUCAGAGGCAGUAGGGAUGACAACGCAUUAUAGGUGUGUGAAUUGGACCAUGAUUCUGUCCUGCCUCAACAUAAAACAUUUUUAUGACUACUUUUUGGUGUCAGGGUAAAUGUAUAAUUGUCAUAAAUGUAAGUAGUAAAGUACAGAUACCUAAAAAAGAAAACCGACAUAAGUAGUACUUUAAAGUAUUUUUACUUAAGUACUUUACACCACUGCAUAAGAACAAUAGAAAAGUUAUAAUUGAAGUAUGCAAUAAAUCACAAAUGGCUAUUGUAUUCAAAUGGCAUACAUUCUAACCCCAUUGUUAGAAGUCCUUAAACAGCCGUGUUUAUACUCACCUCUCCUCUCUUUCUCAGAGCGGUUUGAUGCUGACGUUGAAGACCGAGGAUUCACGGGGGACGAGACAGCGAUGGGGGUGCAGAUCUCCCUGGACGCCCGCAUGGUUCUGGACAGUCAUCUGACCACUGUGUUCUUCCCCAUUGUCUACAUAGUGGUGUUUGUUGUGGGGCUGCCCACCAACGCCAUAGCCAUCUGGGUCUUCCUGUUCAGGACCAAGAAGAAGCACCAUGCCGCCAUCUACAUGGCCAACCUGUCUCUGUCCGACCUGCUGUUUGUCAUCUGGACGCCCCUGAAGAUCGCCUACCACCUCAACGGCAACAACUGGAUCUAUGGAGAGAGGCUGUGUAAAGUCCUGGUGGGCUUCUUCUACGGGAACAUGUACUGCUCCAUCCUCUUCAUCACCUGUAUCAGUGUCCAGCGCUACUGGGCUAUUGUUCACCCCCUCUCCCAGAAUUGUAGGAAUAAUCAGGUAGCCAUCGGUAUCUCGGUCGCAGUCUGGGUGGGGGUCUGGCUUCUGACCACCCCUCUCUACCUCUACGACCAGACAGUCAAGGUGACCAACCUCAACAUCACCACCUGCCACGACGUCACCCGGCCCAGCCAGAAUAGCAUGGCCGUCGGCUACUUCAUGACCAUGGGAACCCUGGGAUUUGUAGUUCCCACCGUGGUGUGCGUGGUGGCCAAUGUUCUGAUGCUCAAGUCCCUGAGGAACUCCAUGACGGACGCCAGCAUCACCAAUAAUCGGCGCAAGGCUGUGGUGCUCAUCAUCACUGUGCUGGUCAUCUUCCUGGUCUGUUUCACCCCCAGUAACAUCAUGAUGCUGGUGACCUACUCCCUCCUGCUGGUUCGAGUAGAGCACAAUGACUAUGGCUUUUACAUCACCACCCUGUGUCUGGCCAGCCUCAACAGCUGUGUGGAUCCCUUCAUCUACUACUUCAUCUCAGAUGAGUUCAGGGAGCAAGUGAAGAAUACGCUGAGAUGCCGCAGCCAGAGGACAUGA